UUGUUUCUUGAUGUGUGACUCUGAAAGGAGCUAAAACUCACUCUGUGGGUUGAAGGGCUACGGUGGCUGUUUCUCAACUGUGCUGCUCUGAUCAUUACUUCCUGGGAUCUGUGUGUUGGAGAAAACACUAAAAUAUGCAGCAGUGAUAUCCAAAGGCAUACUUGAACCACUGCUCUAGGGAACAUGUUGAACACUGCGUGAGUGAAACAGCUGUUUCUUUAGAAGACCAUGUGCCCUGGUCGGAGCUCCGAGGCAUAAGACAGAUCUGUCAACGCGCCUUUCACCGUCAUCUUCCAAUCAAAGAAUAGACGAAAGCCUUUCGUGAUUCCGAUUGGCCAUUAACAGCAUCAGGGAAUUCGAAUGGUCGAUCGAAAAAUGCUGGGAUCGGCCUGUUCAAGUUCACGUCCUCCUGGCAGAGCAGUCAACGAACAACACUGGCGAAGAAUCGGCCGAAAAGUUGAAGUACAAGGCCUUUCGUAUUUGUGACAUUUGAGGAUGGAUGCAGAGUGAAAAUUUUCAAGUCCUGUGAUUUACUAAAAGAGGAUAAGUUUAGUUAAAAGAUCUGAAACCUGGAGGAAAAGUUCUUACAAGGUGGUCCGACAGCAAAUUCUGUAAUACCUAUCAUCAAUUACUUUGGCCCAUCUAUGAAGAGAAGGGAGAGAAACAUCUGUGACAAAGUUGAUCUCUAAAUGAAACAUAAGUGAGAAUCACAAAUAAGUAUCCUGAGACAAAGAUCAACAUUUAAGCAAUAAAAAAUUCCUCUAGACGUCCUAAAAGAGAAAGUGGAGUUUGGACUAAAGGAGCCGUUACAGAGAAACAGCACAGCAGCAGUUGGAGGAAAUGGCUGCUAGAAACCCUCUUUCAGAAGAAGAGCUUUCCUGUCCUGUGUGCUGUGAAAUCUUCAGGGAUCCUGUUGUUCUGUCGUGCAGCCACAGUGUGUGUAAAACCUGCCUGCAGAUGUUCUGGGAAACUAAGGGGUCUCGAGAAUGUCCAGUUUGUAGAAGAAGAUCCUCUAAAGAUGAUCCUCCCCGUAACCUUGUACUGAAGAACGUUUGUGAGUCUUUUCUAGGGAGCAGUCAGAGAUCUUCAGCAGGGUCUGAGGUGCUCUGCAGUCUGCACAAUGAGAAACUCAAACUCUUCUGUCUGGAUGAUCAGCAGCCUGUGUGUGUGGAGUGUCAGACUUCAAAGAAACACAAAAAUCAUGAAUUCUGUCCAACAGAUGAAGCUGUGACUGAGUUUAAGAAUAAACUCAAGACUGCUUUGGAGCCUCUACAGAAGAAUCUGAAAGUCUUAGAGGAAGCUAAACAAGACUAUGACCAAACAACAGCUCACAUUAAGACGCAGGCCCAGCACACAGAGAGGCAGAUAAAGGAGGAGUUUGAGAAGCUUCACCAGUUUCUAAGAGAUGAAGAAGCAGCAAGGAUAGCUGCACUGAAGGAGGAAGAGGAGCAAAAGAGUCAGAUGAUGAGGAGGAAGAUUGAGGAGAUGAAUGGAGAAAUAUCAUCUCUUUCAGACACAAUCAAAAACAUAGAGAAGGAGAUGGAAGCUGAGGACGUUCUGUUCUUACUGAACUUCAAGUCCACAGAGAAACAAAACAACAGAAUUGUGGGAGUGUGGGAGAACAUGCAGGAGAUUCUCCAGUACACCCCUGUUACUCUGGACCCCAACACUGCACAUCCAGACCUCCACCUGUCUGAUGAUCUCACUGCUGUAGAAACCAGAAGCCAGAGAUCAUCACUUCCUGAUAAUCCAGAGAGAUUUGAUGUUGGUUGGUGUGUUCUGGGUUCUGAGGGUUUUAACUCAGGGACACACUGCUGGGACGUCCAGGUUGGAGACAGUUAUUAUUGGGAACUGGGUGUGAUAACAGAGUCUGUAACGAGAAAAGGAAACUCUUUCUGGGGUUCAGUGUGGAGUCUGUGUUACAGUUUUGGUAAAUAUUUGCUACACUGCCCAGGACAUCCAGAUCUCUCCCUCCCACUUGAAGACAAGCUGCAGAGGGUCGGAGUGCAGCUGGACUGGGACAGGGGGAAAGUGACCUUCACUGAUCUUCUAACAAACACACACCUGCACACUAUAACACACACUUUCACUGAGAGAGUUUUACCACUUUUCUUUAAUGCAUCUGAUCAUCCUCUGAGGAUCUUACCAGUGAAGACAUCAGUAACAGUGGAACAGCACAGUUAAAGUUGAUGCUGCUUAGAAUGAACAUUUAUACAGGUAGUGAGUGUCUGAAUUAUGAUCAUAAGAAUAUGUCACUACAUGUAUAUUUUAAACUAAAUGAGAAAGUUUGUGAACAAACUUUAGAUUGGCUUGAGAAAGCCAGCUUAAAAUGUUGAAAAUUAAAGUGGCUGUAGAGUGUUGUUGGUGGCUAAAAUGUUGGUAGGUUGUUGCUAUGCUAUCCCAGGUGAUUACAGAGAUGUUGCUAGGCUGUUGCUAUGGUAUCCCAGGUGGUUGCUAGGAUGUUGCUAGGCCAUUGCUAUAGAAUCCCAGGUGGUGCUAGGCUGUUGCUAUGGUGCCCCAGAUGGUUGCUAAGGUGUGUGUCUGUUUGGCCUUAGAGUGGUUUGCAGUAAGCCUGCUUCAGGAAGGACUGAGGAUUGAAUUCAUGUGUGAGACGAUCUGCUCAUACAGAUAAAUCCACCCAAAGACUGACAGCAUUGCCAAUGCAGUGUUCUUCAAAUAGUCAGAUUUCUCUGGAAGUGAUGUCCAACACAUAAAAGGGGGACUUGCAUUUUCUUUGGAUGUUUCAAGUGAUGUGCGCAGCUUACAAAACUUCCUUGUCCACAGAGAUGAGCUCUGGAAGUCAAUCAGUUACAUUUCAAAAUCAUCAAUACUCAUCCACUCAAAAACUGACCAUGUCCAAGUCCAUGUCUUUCACAUUAAGCUUGUCCGGAUGUAUGAGAAAACAUUGGUCCGUAUCUCUGAAAAUCUUGGAAUCUCCUGGAAAAUUCUGACUCAAGCUCAUUCAUGUACAUGGAAAUGUUAGCUGUGUUGACCAAAUGAUGAGUGGAAAUCUCUCUUAAGUGUUUGAAACAGCGAAAUGCCCCCCUUUCUAUAACUUGCACAUAAACUAAGUCUGGAUGUGAACGCCUUCCACAUCUCAAAUAGACUCAUGACUGUUUGUCCAACUCCCUGCAUACAGACAUUGAGCUCAUUUAAGUGCGAUGUAAUGUCUGUCAAAAACAUGAGUUUCACAAGCCACCUGACAUCCUCAAGCUCUAGGUAAUGCUGGUCCUUCUCAACAAGAAAGGCUUUGAUUAUAUCAGUGCAGUUCACAAAACUUUUUAGCACUUUUCCACUACUAAGCCACCUGUCACUGGAGUGAAGUGGGAUGUCUUUGUAGGCACAUUCCAUUUCUUCCAGCAGUUCUUGGAAUUGCCUGUUAGUCAAGGCAGAGUGAGCUCGUAGAAAAUUCACAAUUUUCACAAAAGUUUCCAUCCCAGUGUUAAGAUCAGAAUUUGAUAUAUUUGCACAGAGACUGUCCUGGUGUAUAAUGCGGUGGAAUUUAAGAACAGUGUGCCAAAGUUUGUCUUUUGUUAUUAUGUUAUUUUAUUAUUUUGUUAUUAUGUUUGUUAUUAUGUCUUUUGUUAUACAGUUAUUUUGGCGAAUACUUUUUUGCUUUCCCACCAUUGCAGGGCGUCAUCAGUGGUGAUAGCAAAGAUUUUUCGAACACUAACUGAAACGCUUUCAAAAUGUUCAACAAAGGUUUUAGCUAAAUCCUCACCUUUUCUGGUGCCAUAGUUGGGUUUUAAACACCACAGUUCCUCUUCGUACUCCAGCAGAAUCGCAAAAUCUAGCCACAACUGCCUAACGAGGCAAAUCGUUGAUGUCCGCACUUUCAUCGAGCGCGACGCUAAACACAGAGAAGUCUUUAAGUCCGGUCACUUGCUGUUCCCUGACGUUAUUCACCAUAUCAGUGAUCCGGAGCUUAACAGUUCUUGCUGAAAGUCUUUAAAUCCAAGAAAUGAUAGUAUGCUUGUUUGCCAAACCGUCAAACACAUCCCCCGCUGCACAAAAUGCUUCUUUAAUGUAUUUUCUGUCAGUGAAGGGCUUUCCAUGUUUAGCAAUGCACUGAGCUAUCUUGUUACUUGCAAGUGUGGCAUAACUUUUACCAUAGCUUAAAUUUUAAAGAACACUUGUCUGUGUCUUGUACCUUGAAAUUGCUCGCAUGAUUGAUUCCAUUUUGUCAGUAUCAUCCUUAAAUGAGCUUUGAUGCUUUAUCUCAGGAUGGCGGCGCACACUUGAAUAAAUCCAUACAAAUCAGUCCAGUCUUGUUGAAAUGAACGAACAUCCACUUUAGUGUGUUCAGCUGCCAUAUUAUUGUAGUCAUACAGUAUGUGCCAUACAUCAGAUUGGUUCAAAAAGCACAAACCUAAAUUUCUGACUUUGCUUCUACGUUCCUGUAAAGUUUGGUGGUUCUAGUUCAAAAGUUGUGGGGCAUGAAAAAGACAAUAUUUUGAACAUAGAAUGAUUAUAAGAAAAGAAUAAGAACAAAACAAAAAAUUGUAAGUUGACUUUCCCAAGCUUUUCUCUGAUAAUAUGAAACAGAUAAAUGACUGUAACACCUCUAACUCCUUAACUGUUUGAUCUUUAACUCCUUUCCUGAUCUUUAAUUGAUACUCAGCUCCUCUUCUGUCUGAUUCAUUUGAAAUUCUUCUGCUGAACCUUCAGCUGUCCUGUAUUCAAAACAGGUUAAUUGUUGUCUCCUUUCAUAUCAUCACUCUGUAGAAGUUGAGAAUUUACUGUUUGCUUUGAAUAAAAUGCAGUAUUAUGCAUA